AUGGUGGUGUUUGGUCACAGAUUGGAGUCAGUGAUCUCAGAGGUCUUAUCCAAAUUUCGCAACCAGUACGACAAUGAUGUCACCGUGUGGAGCCCGCAGGGCCGAAUUCACCAAAUAGAAUAUGCCAUGGAAGCCGUGAAACAAGGCUCGGCUACGGUGGGGCUGAAGUCCAAGACACACGCUGUUCUGGUUGCUCUCAAGAGAGCACAGUCUGAGCUGGCAGCUCAUCAGAAAAAAAUCCUGUACGUUGACAACCAUAUUGGUAUCUCAAUCGCUGGACUUACUGCCGAUGCAAGACUCUUGUGCAAUUUCAUGCGUCAGGAGUGUUUGGAUUCUAGGUUUGUGUUUGAUAGACCUCUUCCAGUUUCCCGUCUAGUGUCACUAAUUGGAAGCAAAACCCAGAUCCCGACGCAGCGUUAUGGCAGGAGGCCGUAUGGUGUGGGACUGCUCAUCGCAGGCUAUGAUGAUAUGGGCCCCCACAUCUUCCAGACUUGUCCCUCUGCAAACUAUUUUGACUGCAAAGCAAUGUCCAUUGGUGCUCGUUCACAGUCGGCGCGGACUUACUUGGAGAGGCACAUGACUGAGUUCACUGACUGUAAUCUAAAUGAGUUAGUUAAACAUGGACUGCGUGCCCUGAGAGAGACUCUUCCUGCUGAACAGGAUCUGACCACCAAGAAUGUUUCCAUUGGAAUUGUGGGCAAAGACAUGGAGUUUACCAUCUACGACGAUGACGACGUAGCACCAUUCCUAGAAGGUCUUGAGGAGAGACCACAGCGAAAGCCGGUUCCGCCUGUAGAAGAAACUGUGGAAAAGGCUGAGGAGCCAAUGGAGCACUAGUUGGUGGAUGAGUUCCUCUGUGUUUAUGUAUAAUAAUACAGGAACAUUUAUCCAUUUGCUGGUAACUUUAUCCUCACCUAUAUUCAUUUUCUGACGCUACAUUCUGAGGAUUGAUCUUAAAGACACCAACCCACCUAUCCUUAAAAGGUAGACAGGAGGUCAUACUUGGGGGUUAACUGCUUGGACAAGAAAGGUGUAAUCAUUUUCUAAAUAGGACAUGAUACUGUUUUUUAAAGAAAAGAUACUGUCUUUAACUCAUAAGGACAAGUGGAAAUAAAUCACUUUCUUGGA